GCUGAUCAUCACCCUGCCCGACAUCGGGGAGGAGGCGGCGGCCGAGGGCGACGAGAGCGCCGAGGGCGACGAGGCGGCCGGCAUCCCACGGAGUCCCGCGAAGGGACUGUCCAGAGGUUCCCCCAAUCGGUGUCUCUCUGGAAAAACUGAAGCAUCUCUUCCAUCAGUUUUUGCAAGAAAUGUGCAAGAAGCCAUUGACAAUUAUACCUGUGAGACAGUGUCAUCACUUUCAUCUAGUGGUUGUACAACACCCACGGAGUUGAAUAAUUCUUGGUCUGGAAUAAACAGCUAUACUACUAGUUUGUCUACUGAAAGAAGUUCCAUUUACUCCUGGAGGGAUGAUGAUUUUGAUAAAGCCAACACACAGAGAGUGCAUCAGUUAUUUUGGGAGAUUGAUGAAAUGCUGUUUGAAGGAAAAGUGACCUCCCAAACAGAGAACCUGCAGGCAGAAUGUGCAGAUUGGGUUGAACAAUUUCCUCAUAUAAGGGUUCUAGGAAAGCAACUCCUAGUGCCAAAGGAUGAAGGCUUUCAGCAUUUUCAGAGCAGAAAUGAUGCCCAUGUAGAUACUAAGUGUGUGCCUGGCCUCCUUGAAUGUACUGGUCAUACAAAAGAGCUCUGCAUCUCAGGCUCUAAACUGAUCCCAACAGCAUCUCCAAUACAUACAUCACCAGAUUCAAGUUCCGCUACGAUUUCUGCUUCAGACUCAGCCAUGUAUUCCUUCCUGGAAGAAGAAAUUUACGAUGAGGAUGGAAAAAUAGAGGAAUAUCUUGCCUUUGACAACAAGGAAAUUGAGGAUGAGAUUUGGGAACAAAAGAAAAUGCGUCUUUCUGAGAAGAGGUGUAAGCGUGGCAUUCCCCCUGUUUCUCCCAAUGCCUGUAUCAAAGAUGCUGUGGCUUCUGAAGUAUUUGAUCAUAUCUGGAGCAAUGUCAUUGGAAUAUUGGAGGAACUGAUUAAAAAAAAUUGGGAAACUAGUAUCCCAGAGUGUGACCAACAAAUAGAAAAACUGAAAACUGUUACAGCAAAACUGCCACAUUUUCCAGUCAUUCAUAUUACAGCAGAUGCUGGGACCAUUCCUCUUUCCAGAGGCUCUGACACACGAAAUGUAUCUUUUGGGGCUCAUUCUGUUUCAUCACAGGUUUACCGUUUCUCCAGCAACUUCUGUAAUGAUCUGAAUGGUGUGAUGACAAUUCAAGCAAAACCACUCCAACAGAGGCAUGCUGCCACAGCAGAAAAAAUACAGAAUGAGCAAGAAGACAAACAGCAUAGCAUUACCUCCAGCACUCCAAAUUCAGCACAUGCUAGGUUGGGGAAAAUUUCUGAUAACAGUGUUCUCUCAUCAUCUCCAGCUCUGCUGGCAUCUUCUAGGAAACUACCAAGGUUACCUUCUCUCACUUCUGACCAACCCUGCUCAGAAGUUCCUAAUGCGCACAAUGAUGAAAUCUGUAAAGGGAAGAAAUUGGUUGGCAGCAGGGAUCGUUUAUCUUCUGCUCGUGUGCCUGCAACCUGGAGCAAGUUACCACCAAUAAACUCUGAGGCUGUUGAACAGCAUGUUUCAGUACCUCGAACGCAGCAGAGCUCUCAUCAAGAACGAUAUGCUCAUAGCCGAGUGUCAAGUGCAGUAGCUGGCAGAACAGAGCAGCAGCCACUCAGAGAAAGAACUGUUACUGUUAGUCAAUUUUCAAGACCCAACACAACUCAUACGUUCAGGAUAUGUUACAGUAGAGACACACCUCAGAAGAAGUCGCUGACUCCUGUGGAUUUUGGUAACCACAGCAGGACCGGCCAAGGAUUUUUGAUAACAGGUUCACAGAAUUACUCCAGAUCCUUUCAGAGAAAUCCUCCAGCCUCAAAGAAGAGAUUUCAGAUUGCCUCUUGACCUGUUUUGGAAAGAAACAGAAACCCUGAAUGGAAGACUGAAGCACUAAAUUUGCUGCUUAGUAUCUUGUGUAACAAAGAAGCUGUGCAUAUGCUGGUGUGUGCUGAGCCUUGCAAUCCUCAGGAUGCCAGCAUUACCUUCUUUUAAAAUUAUUUGACCGGAGGUUAGAUUAAAAAUUAGAGCAAAAUGAAAUAAAUGGUUGAGGUGUCUGCCUGUUUGCAGUAUCAAGAGACUGUGGUUGAACUUUCGUCUCAGGCAUUCCUCCUUUUUAUGCCUUUCCUAGGGAAUUGUUUUUCUACCUAUCAAACAAGAUACAUUUAAACAUAAAUUUCUGUUCCCACUUUUUUGCUUUUUAAAGUCGUUCUAGUCUAUCUAAAUAUUAGUCAUAUGUAAAAUUUAUACUUCUAAACAGGAGUGUGCAGUACUUCCUCUUUACUGUUUUAACAAUUUCUAAUUUUUCAGUCUGCUUAUUAAUAUAUUAUUAUAAUAUUUGAUCUCUUCCAAAUGUUAUCUGUACCAACCUUUUCUCCUUCCUUUAAUUAUUUUGAAAUCUCAUUUAUUGCUGUUCUAGUCAUCAGUAACUAUGGGAACUGCUGUAAACUUUGUUUACAGCUAGUAACGCUUUCCCUGCCAAACCAAGCAUGUUUAUAGAUGCUGAGCAAUUAAAGCACAUGCUGACAAAUCUGUAAGACCAUUCCCACUUUUUGAGAUUUCUUGUAAAAAUGAAGAGAAGAACAACAAUCAUCUGCUUCUGCAGCUUAAAAAGAAAGAUUUUCUAAUUACUAGAGCAACAAUUAAUUCCUCUCAGGUGGCAAGAGAGAGGAAGAGGGAUGUUUGCUGUCUACCAGAAGUACUUUAACACUUCACGCUUGUGGUCAGUUUCUGGGCACCUGGCAAUCACUGGUCAUCUUAUCCUGAUAAUCGUUAUAGACUCAUUCCAGGUGGGAAGGGACCUCAAGGAUCAUUUGGUCCAAUCUUGGCUGACAAAACCACAGUUUGGAUGAGAUGGCCCAUCACCUUGUCCAAGUGAAUUGUAGUGUCCAAUGUUGGGGAACCCACCACUUGGCACAUAAUGGAGAGAUUAUUCCAGUGGGUGAUUAUUCCCAUUGUGAAGAGUUUUCAUCUUGUGUCCAAUUGGAAUCUUCCCAGGCAUAACUUUCACAUAUCACACCUCACUUUUCCAUAAGACUCCUUAUGAAAAGGGAAUCUCCAUCUUCUUAGUAGCCACUCUUUAAAUACAGGAACAUGGUGAUAAGGUUUUCUCAGCCUUUCCUCACAUGACAGGCUACCCAGUAAUUUGAUCAUCUUUGUUGCUCUUUACUGAACCUUCGCCACCCUGUCCACAUCUUUCAUUUAUAGCAACAAAACAAUAUUCCAGGUGUGGCUUGACUAGAACUGAGUAGAGUGGGACUUUAUCUCUCCUGGUGUUGAUGCAGCUCUGUGAAGAAUGCAAUAGUGACUUCUUUAUCACUGUUGGUGACACCCUUUUUGAUGAAAAUUUGUGUUGACUUUCUUUGCUGCAGCAACAAACUGUUCGCUUGCACUGAGCUGCUUGUCCACCAGGACCUCUGGGUCCCUUUCCAUAGAGCUGUUCUCUAGCCAGGUAGAUCCCCAGCCUGUGCUGCUCUCCUGGAUUAUGUUUUUCCAUGUGGAGGACCUUAUAUUUGUCCUUGUUGAAGUUCAUAAGGUUCUUGUUAGCCUAACUGUUCAGCCUGUCCAGGCCUUCCUGCAGGGUGGCUCUCUCUUCCUAAGUGUCCACUGCCUCACAGAGUUUGGUAUCACUGACAAACUUCAUCCAGGUACACUUGAUCCCAUAAUCCAAACCACUGAAGGUACUAAACAGUGCUGGGCCUGGUAUCAUUCCCUGGGAGACUCCACUUGUGGCAGUUGCCGAUGUGAAAAGAAGCAGUUUACCACCACCCUCUGGCUGUGGCUGGUCAGCCAAUUCCCCACCCACCACAUGGGUCACACGUCCAGACCAUCACAUCCACAGCUCUGUAGGAGGAGGCCAUGGGAAAGCAUAUCAAAAGCCUUGGAGCUAUCCAGGUAGACAAUGUUCACUGCUGGCCCCACAUCAACAAAGCAGGUUUUAUUGUAAGAGGCAAUUAGGUUUGUCAAGCUCAAUUUGUCCUUGGUCAGUCUGUGCUGGCUUUUUCCUAAUUGCGUGCUUCAUUUGACUGGUAACAGCCUGCAGGAAAAUUUGUUCUAUUGGUUUCCCAGGGACUGAAGUAAGACAGAUGGGCCUAUAAUUUUCUGGAUCCUCUCUGAAGUCCUUCUUGUAGAUAGGAGUGAUGUUAGCCUUCUUUUAGUCUCAUAUGUCCCCCAAAUUCCACAACUCUUAAGAUUAUGGAGAGUGACCUUGCAGCUAUAUUGGCCAGUUUUCCGUGGCUGGAUAUUGUCAAUGCAUCAACGUGUAAAGGUCAAGCUCUAGUGAGUCUGUGUUUGCAUCAGCCUGGAUUUUUAACCCAAGGCCUGGUGCUGGUGAAAGGACACGGGUGAAGAAAAGUGUUGAGUACCUCUGCCUUUUCAGUCUUGUUGGUGACUAAUUCAUCUCUCCUGUUAAACAGCAGGCAAAUUCUUUCUGUCUCUCCUUGUUUACAUACCUGUCCUGAUUUCAGCUGGCACAGAAUUUACUUUCAUCCUAUUAGCUGGCACAGUGCCGUGUUUCAAAUUGGUAUGAGAAUUAUAUUGAUUACACCCUAAUGUUUUAGUUCUUGUUAACUUGGGUUUGCUCUACAUCAAAGACUUUUCAGUGUCCUAUACUCUGCCAGUGAGAAGGUCCACAAGAAGCUGUGAGGGAGCAUGGCCAGGACAGCUGAUCCCAGCUGGUCAAAGGGGUAUCCCAUACCACAGAAGGCCCUGCUCAGUACAUGGACUGGGCUGGAGGCAGCUAGGAGGGAGCUAUUGCUGCUCAGGGGUGGACUGAGGUCAGUGGGUGGUUAGCAAUUGUUUUGUGCAAUUGCCUGUGUUUCUUGGGUUUGGUUCUUCUCUCUUCUUUUCCUGUUUUAAUUUUAUUUUAUUAUAUGUCAAUCAUUAAACUUUUCUCAUCUCAACCUGUGGGUUUUAUCUUUGUUCUGAUACUCCUCUCUGUUCCACUGGGGUGAGGUGUAUGCAUGGUACUUCGUCAUGGUCUAAGCCAUGAUAGUACCUGAAGAAUUCUUUCUUGUACUUUUUGACACCUCUGACAAAUUUCCUUUUGAGCUGAGGUUUUGCUUUUCUAACUGCAUCUCUGCACACCCUCACAAUGCCCUUGUGCUUACUUGGACACAGUCGUGAAGCCCAGAAGUAGGUUCACAGAGAACUGGACAAGGUGUUUGGUGAGUUUUUCAUUCCUCCUUUAUCAAGAUUAAAGAAAUUGAGAUAGAAAUGCACCAUGUGGCCAUUCUAGGGUUUUAAGUAGCUAGAGGUGGUGGGGAUGGGUGCUGGAAUAUCUGCAAGAGAGAAUACUGAGGUUUCCCAAGUAAAGGGUAGGGUUUUUUCUUUUUUACUUUUUUAAUGAAAGUUAUAGACAGUCACCUGUUUGCUGUUGUUUUGAUCCUUCUUUCUCUUUUCUCCUCAGGAGGAUGUCAAGUAUUGAAUGGCACGAAUACUCUUGUAGUUUGUGCCCUACUGAGAUUUUCCAAGACCUGGAAGAAUUUAGUCCUGAGCGAUUCUUACCUGAGCAUUGUAAGGAAAAGC